UUAUUCAGAGUUAAAGAGAGUUGAGAUGAGGGGGAAUUAGCGUACAGUCGAACAUGAGUUGGAUAUGGACCAUCGCGGAACUCUUUGUUCUGUUAGCUUUGCUUCUGAUCUUAGGGAUUGGAUCUGCAAUUUUCCUCGAGGCAUUUCGGAGAAGAAGCAACCACGACCAGGAUCAAGGCGAUGCUAAUGCGGUCUUCGAGGAUCCAAAACCGUUGAAAAAGGUUCCAUGCCCCUGGAUCUUUGAUCCUGCGGAGAAGUACAUAUCUUUGAUAAUUCCUGCAUUUAAUGAAGAACACAGGCUUCCUGGAGCUCUCGACGAGACUAUGAAGCUGGGCAUGCAUGUGUCACUCUCUCCCCUUCCUUUGGAAAUGACCUCCUGCCCCUUCCCAUCUCGUGCUCCCAUUGGUCACGCCGCUAGCAUGCAAGCACGCAGUUAUCUCCAACAACGUGCGGCGAAAGACAAGUCCUUUUCUUAUGAGGUGGUAAUAGUUGAUGAUGGAAGUGGCGAUGGGACAAACAAAAUAGCUUUUGACUUUGUUAGGAGAUACACAAUAGAUAACGUUAGGGUCAUUCUUCUUGGAAGAAAUCAUGGCAAGGGAGAAGCUAUCAGAAAAGGAAUGCUGCAUUCACGUGGUGAACUACUACUAAUGCUUGAUGCUGAUGGGGCAACUAAAGUUAAUGACCUAGAAAAACUUGAAAAUCAGAUACAUGCAGUGGCUAGAGAGGAACUCCAGUUGGGGGAUGCACCAUCUAGUGAUUCGAGUGAAAGAGUUUCUGAUAUACCAAUUGCUGCAUUUGGUUCUCGUGCUCAUUUGGAGGAGAAAGCACUGGCUACACGGAAGUGGUACCGGAAUUUCCUUAUGAAGGGUUUCCAUAUUGUGGUUCUCUUGACUGCUGGUCCAGGAAUUCGUGAUACACAGUGUGGCUUUAAGAUGUUUACCAGAGCUGCUGCCCGGAAACUAUUCACAAACAUUCGUUUGAAGAGGUGGUGCUUUGAUGUUGAGUUGGUCUAUUUAUGCAAACACUUCAGUAUCCCUAUCAUUGAGAUAUCUGUUAACUGGUCUGAAAUCCCUGGGUCCAAAGUGAAUCCGUUAAGUAUACCCAAUAUGCUUUGGGAGCUUGGCCUCAUGUCUGUGGGAUAUAGGACCAGCAUGUGGAAAAUUAGUACGUGAUGCAGACAAUUUUGUGGCGAAUUGCAAGUUAGGAGAUGGUUCACUUUCUCAGCAGUAAAAAGUGAAGAAAACUGAGGGAAAAAGUAACUUCCUGCUGCAUUUUGGUUAAAGGAUUCAUCUUUUACAUAUACAUUAUGAGUUGCAGAUCCAGCUUACUGACCCAAUGGCCUGCUUCAUGAGAGCGAGUAUUUGCUUCGGGCUAUCAGGAUUCAGGUUAGGAUUUUAGGUUCAGUAUUGGUCUUCUUGCUAAUGUUCAUUUCUAAUUAAUGUGGCAUCAACAUUUUUGAUCGGAAAACCUCUUAACUUUAUUCCUGUAACUUGAUUACAAGUGAAGAAGCAAUGUUAUGAAAAAAGUGAUGAAUAUUUCUGUUAUUAUUAAUAUCUAGUUACACGCUGGUGCUCUCUUGAGGAGACACUGGAUUCAUUA